UGCUGGCGCUGCUAUGCACGUGGAUGUACUGUUGGGCUGCUCAUUUUCUCAAUUCUGGCCGAUUGAUACUCCACAGCCAUCAUCACCACACAAAAAACCGACAUCAAUAGCAACAUCCAUGCCAGUAUCAUCUCGCUAUGUACCUUCUACCGCGGCUAAUAAACCACCUUCUACUACAUAUGUACCUUCUACUACAGCUAAUAAACCACCAAAUCCAAUACCAUCUUCCAAUGCUGGUGCUAAACCCUCAUUUCAUGUAAAACCCACCGCACCAGUGAAAUUGUUAGCUUCAUCUCGCUAUACCUCUUCUGCUGCUGUUCCUGCUUCUAAGCCUACUUCUUCAUCUUAUGCUACCUCAUCUCGUUAUGUUAUGUCCACUCCUCCCCCGACUCCUCCCCCGAAAAAGUCUCAACCCCCGGCAACUAAGAAAUAA